UGUGACAGGGUACCGGGAGCUGCCCAGAAACAUGGAGACUGUGGUGAUUGUUGCCAUAGGUGUGCUGGCCACCAUCUUCCUGGCCUCGUUUGCAGCCUUGGUGGUGGUUUGCAGGCAGCGCUAUUGCCGGCCCCGAGAUCUGCUGCAACGCUAUGACUCCAAACCCAUUGUGGACCUCAUUGGCGCCAUGGAGACCCAGUCUGAGCCCUCUGAGUUAGAACUGGAUGAUGUCGUCAUCACCAACCCUCACAUUGAGGCCAUUCUGGAGAAUGAAGAUUGGAUUGAAGAUGCCUCGGGUCUCAUGUCCCACUGCAUUGCCAUCUUGAAGAUUUGUCACACUCUAACAGAAAAACUGGUUGCCAUGACAAUGGGCUCAGGAGCCAAGAUGAAGACUUCAGCCAGCGUCAGUGACAUCAUCGUGGUGGCCAAGCGGAUCAGCCCCAGAGUGGAUGAUGUGGUGAAAUCAAUGUACCCUCCACUGGACCCGAAACUCCUGGAUGCACGGACAACGGCCCUGCUCCUGUCUGUCAGUCACCUGGUGCUGGUGACCAGGAAUGCCUGCCACCUGACUGGGGGCCUGGAUUGGAUCGAUCAGUCACUGUCAGCCGCUGAGGAGCACUUGGAAGUUCUCCGAGAAGCAGCCCUGGCCUCUGAGCCCGAUAAAGGCCUCCCAGUCCCGGAAGGCUUCCUGCAGGAACAGUCAGCUAUUUAA